AUGCUGAUCAUCAAAAUUGCUUUCACAAUUGCUGCAAUCGUUGCUGUAGCUCAUGCUGCAGUAUUUACACGUGGAGAGACACAAGACAACAAAUACGAUGGCAAGAAUGAUAUCAAAAAUAAUGAUAACAAAGGCAAUAACUACAAAGAUGGAAAAUACUCAAGUACCGUAGUCUACUACAAGGUAGAGCCAACUAAUGCGAAGUAUGGCGGUAAGGACAACUACACAUCCACUACGAUCUGGUAUGCACCACAAGAGACUGGUAAGGGCGAUUACAAGAAUAAAUACCAAGACAAAGAUUCUGGUAAAGAUACCACCAAGGAUCAUGGCAAAGAGUCCAACAAAAACUCAUACCAAGAUGCUCUCGAUAAGCAUCAAAAGGACGUAGAGGCACAACUCAAUAAUACGCAAGAGUACAAAGAUGCCGUCGCCAAUAGUGCUAAUAAGAAUUAG